AUGGAGAAUGAAUGUUGGAAGAAGUCGGGAAAGUGUUUGUAUUAUGGCAGUUCCGAGUAUCAGCUCUCAAGAUGUCCAAGUGUGCCGAAGGAGGGAGGUAAUACUCAACGGCCAAACAAGUCAACAUCUAAACAAUCUAGUGCUGGAGGAAGUCAACCUAAGGUGUCGGCUAGGGUUUAUACAUUAGACCAUGAGCAGGUUCCCGAUCCCACUGAGGUCGUUGAAGAUACGAUUCCUAUCUUCGACCGCUUAGUUAAGGUUUUAAUUGACCCUGGUGCGACACAUUCUUUUGUAAACCCUAAAUUCAUGAGUGGGGUAGACGCGAGGCAGAUUAAGUUACCCUAUGACUUGGAGGUUAAAACGCCUACUGGAGAUCAAAGUUUAAUUGCCAACUUGGUGUAUAGAAAUUGCGAGAUACGGGUUGGAGAGCGAAAAUUAUUGGCCAAUUUGAUGGGUUUAGCUAUUAAGGGGUAUGAUGUCAUCCUAGGUAUGGAUUGGUUAGCUCGCUACCAUGCUCAGUUGAAUUGUAAGAUGAAAAGAUAA